ACAUUUAGUUACAUUUAACUGGUUGAAAUAGCAUAGUGCGUGCCAAUGCCGCCUCAGCAUUACGGCUAAGUUUUAUGCUAAGCCGUAGGCAGAAGUUUACCGAAAUGAUACUAGAUCAUUAGGCAGCAAUAAAAGUUUUGGCUUUGAUACCGGCAAUAGCUUUCAGAUACAUGGAAAUGGCGGAAAAAAAGUUGGCAGCAUGGAAAAGUUGGCGGAAGAACAUCUUAGUAUGAAAGGGAUAUCAGUCUGAGUGUGGAUCCUGCAGUCAGGCUUUCCAUUUCCUCUGCUCCCCACUGCUAGGGGCUAGGGGGCAGGCUUUACAUCUCUUCUUCAUUUGGUAAUUAACUGAAGCUAGUGAUUCAAGGGCUUAGGAAUCUCGCCAUAAACCAAGAGGAAACAGAACAGAAAACCCCAAGGACCAGGUUUAAGAUGGACUAUUUUAACCCCAUAUAGGCCUAGGCCCAUUCCCUCUGUUACACACAUACUGAAAGGUUAGGUUACCAUAGCCAAAAACACUUGAACUGUAAUACUGUAUCAGAAUAUAAUCAAUAUUUAUUAUAUCAUAUCUUCCUCCAGGUUCUGCAGACAUAGCAAAGAACAUCUGACCAUCCCAAACGAAGUCUGACCCUGAACCCCCCCCCCCCCCCCCCAACUCCCAUCCCCACUUCCAUCUCUCCCUUUCCCUCACGAUGGCUGAGCCUCCAGAACCAGUGCACUUCCAGGGGGGCCAAGCAGCAGCAGAAGCAGCAGCACUCGGCUCUGAGCCGGGUGAGUCCACAGAGGUGGAGUGUCCCAUCUGCUACCACGAGUACAACCAAUGUGGCAAGUGUCCUCGCAUGCUGGAAUGCCUCCAUGUCUUCUGCACCGAGUGCCUCCAGAGAAUCCAGCUGUCCCCGUAUCCAGCUGAACCCGUGGACCCCCAGAGCCCUCGCAGCCCUGCCAUUUUCUGCCCCCUCUGCCGCCACCCCACCCUGCUGGAGACCGGCGACCCCCUCACCCUGCCCUGCAAUUCCCGCAUCCUGGCUCAACUACCCCCCAUGGCUUUCUGCACACCUGUGUCGAUGGCUGCCCACUUGGCCACCGUCACCCAGAGGGUGGUCCUCUCCCUGGAUACCAGCAGGGACGCCCGCUUCAUCAUCCUGCCCACAGUGAGCCUAAGGGUGGAGCAGAUGCACCCAAGCGAUAGGCCCCACGGUGGAGGUGUGGGCCUGGUGGGUGAGGUGGAGGUGCUGCAGCACCACAGGAGGACCUUGGCCGUGGUAUUCUGGGUGUUGUUUAUGAUGACCUGCGUGGUGGGACUGGUGUUUGGGCCCAGGUUUUUCCGCAAUUAAGGGGAGAAGGAACCGAGGGGCCUGUUCCAAUACUUUUACAUGCAGCCUUCCUUCCUUUUGUAUUUCCUUGUUUCCUUCCCCCUUACUCAAGGAAGGAAGGGUGUAUUGUCAACAUAUUUGAAUAUGGCCUAAGAUCUAGACUGAACUACGGGCCUACAUCAAACGUAGCCUUGAAACGUCCUGUUAACUUCAAUUCAACUGUAAAUUACAUAUCUUUAAAAUAUAUAAAAGGUUGAUGCAUACAGCCUCAUAAUCACAUGUCUAGCUCUGUUAAUUGGUGUUGAGAAAAUUAUAUAUAGACAGUUCUGAGUUUUUCCGCUAUGCACUGAUUUAGAGUUCCCUCUAGUGGUCUAAUCUAGGAGCGCCUAUUACAUUGGGGCGCCAGGUAGCCUAGUGGUUAGAGAGUUGGGCCAUUCAACAGCUUGCUUGUUUUGAAUCCCUGAUCCGAAUAGGAUAAAUGUCUACCGAUCUGCCCUUGAGCAAGGCCCUUAACCCUAACUGCUACAGGGGUGCGCAAUAAUGUCUGAUCCCUGGCCUUGACCCCACUCUCUGAGGGUGUCUCAGGGGGAGUGGAAUUUCACACCAAGCACUUGUACAGGUUACCCACUAGUACAUGUGUGAAACAGGACAAAUAUAAGCAGCCCCUAUUUGACCUUUGAUUGUAUUGGCUAUUUAUUAAAAUAUUUUCAUGUGUUUCCUAUUUUGACUCUCUCUCCCUGUGCAUGUGUGUGUGUGUAACAUCAUUUAGGC